GCUUCUGCGUCUGCUUCCGGUCCCAUAAUCCUCUGUCCUCCUAGAAGAGCUUUGCAUUGUGGGAACUCCUUCCUUUCUCGCUCCCCGGCCAUCUUGGCGGCUGGUGUUGGUUGGGGGCUGUCCCGCACCUAAGGCAGGAAGAUGGUGGCCGCAAAGAAGACGAAAAAGUCUCUGGAGUCGAUCAACUCUAGGCUCCAGCUUGUUAUGAAAAGUGGAAAGUACGUGCUGGGGUACAAACAGACUCUGAAGAUGAUCAGACAAGGCAAAGCGAAGUUGGUUAUCCUCGCCAACAACUGCCCAGCUUUGAGGAAAUCUGAAAUAGAGUACUAUGCCAUGCUGGCUAAAACUGGUGUCCACCACUACAGCGGCAAUAACAUUGAACUGGGCACAGCGUGUGGAAAAUACUACAGAGUAUGCACACUGGCUAUCAUUGACCCAGGUGAUUCUGAUAUUAUUAGAAGCAUGCCAGAACAGACUGGUGAGAAGUAAACAAGAAAGUUUUCCUUUAAUAAAACUUUGCCAGAGCUCCUUUUGAAAAAAUGGUGUCUGCUUGGGUUGUUUUCUUCCUGACGUUUAGCUUUCUUGAAACCACAGGCAAGACUUUGGUGAAAAGUUAAACUGCUUGGUUUCCAUUUGCUAGGGUUUUGUUUUGUUAAAAGAUUGUACACUAUAUCACUAUGCAAAAUGCAUGAAACAGAGAAGUGUUUCUGAGUAUAUUGAAAUGCACAUUUGUGUUGAUAGAAUAUCUAGUCAGAAGGUCAUUUGGUGUUUUUUUUAAUCACUGUUUUAUAUACUGAGAUAAGAUCUCUCUCAGGAUUGCCUAGAAUUUGGCAAUGCCAGCUGGUAUAGCCAGCUUCCUCUGGGGACUCUCUCCGGACACCCUGAGUGAUAGAAUUGCAGGCUGGCACCCACCAUUAUUUUACAUGGAUGCUGAGGUCCAACUUCAGCCCUCUAAUUUGCACAAAAAACUUUGCCUCUAAGCCCCAGCUCCUUGUAAAGACAGGCUUAAGAGUUGUAGUCUCAGGGUGUGUGCAUUGUAUUUUGGGGUAUAUUUUGAGAGGCAUUAGUGUACCAAGAUUUGUGAUGGACCAAAGCUGUGGACUUUGUAUGCUAUUCUGAGUAAUUUAGAACUAUUUUCCUUUUCAAAUGAAUCAGGUAAUUUUUUUAAAAUUUAUGUAUACUUUUGUGUUUGUGGGUUUUUUUUUUUUGUGUUUUAUGUAUACUCACUGUUUGCAAGAAGGUUUUAAAAUGUAGAGGAAAGUUUAAAGCUAAGGUAGUAAGAAACAUCUAUCUUACUCUGCUCUGUUUCAUGGAGUAUCUGUAAGAAGUGCCAUUGUGCUGUUACUGAGGAGGACAGGUCACUGUCCCACAUCAGGGACCGUUAGAAGUGGCAUUCAGCUAGCUAGCUUAAUUCAAUCCACAGCUCUACUGGUUGGGUGUGAAAUAAUGUUAACUGCAACUCUGGCAGAUGAACAAAACUGACAAGAUUUGAGCUUGCUAUAUCAAGAAAGUCUAUUAGCCUAUUCCUGUGCUCUCUUCCUCAUGAGACAGGCCAUUACAUAGGCUCAAACUAAGAAAAAAAGAAUUGGCUAGUCAUGAAUGGACUUAGCUGUCAAAUGUGAGCUGUCAAAUGUGGAAGACAGUCACAUCUCAUGGAAAGGUUUUCUCUGGUUCGUAUGGAACUUUGCUGUGCUUUUGCCGAGGUUUCCUGCCCCAACUCUGGGCUUACUGGUAUUUGAUCUAGGUACCACCUAGUUAACGUUGACUUUUUUGGUUGUUUAAAUAGCAUUAGUUACAUCUGUAUCUUAUAAACUAUGAUCUUGGAGAACUAAACAUUCAGUGUUUUCA